AUGGAUGAUAUCUACACGCAACUUGAGCAACGUGCUCUGAGUCUUCUACAGCAAUUACACCAACGAUCCACAGAUGCCAGAGCCAUUAUCAUCCUGGCUGGCCCUCCAGGAUCCGGAAAGUCAACUAUCGCCGCUCAAGUCGCACAGAGAAUAAAUGAGCACCAUUCGAUUCCGAUCGCGAAAGUUCUUCCAAUGGAUGGAUAUCAUUACUCACGCUCGUACCUCGACAGUCUUCCCAACCAUGUCGAAGCCCAUGCACGAAGGGGCGCACAUUGGACAUUUGACGGUCAAGCGGUUCUUGAUAUGGUCAAGCAAUUACACGCUUCGCGAGAGAAGCCAUUCACUACGCUGUACAUGCCGAGCUUCGAUCAUGAGAUAAAAGACCCCGUUCCCGAUGCCAUUGAGAUAAGUCCGAAUGUCAAGAUUGUUUUGGUGGAGGGCAAUUGGCUCUUGUACAAUGAACACCCUUGGGACCAGGUUGUCAAUUAUGCAGAUGAGACUUGGUUCGUUGAUGUCGACCCUCAAUUGGCAUUACAAAGGGUUGCGAAGAGGCAUGUUGCAUGCGGCAUUGAGAAGACACUAGAGGCGGCGAUGAAUAGAGCAAGGAACAAUGACAUGAAGAAUGGGGAGGAUAUACAGCGUUGUCUGAUUCAGCCGAACAUCAAGGUCAAAAGCGUUGAAGACGCAUGA